UGGGAUGAGAGGUGAACUUGAUGGAGGAUGGGAUCGAUGAGUGUGCCUGUGGCAGGUAGAAUGUAUGUAUGUGGCCACGUUGAGUGAAUAAAACAAAAGCAAGAUGGACAUGGUCAAUGCUCAAUACUCAAAUACUCGAUCUAUAAGAGGAGAGACAAGGCUGUGCUUCUUCUUGCCAGGCGAUAUAUACUUGUCUUUUACCGUCUCUCUUCUCCCUGCUAGGCCAUCAGUAGUUUCCGUUCCUCCCAUCAUCCAUCCCAUGCAUGAUAGUAUUAGUCAUGCAUGGACCCUCAUCGAUGCUAGCUGAAAUCUCGUCCAUGAUGAUCUCUUCAUAGAUAUUCUGCCACCCUUAUCCAUGAUCGAUCUCUUCAUAGGUGCUUUGCGACGUUCAUGGCCGAUUUGAUUUGACAGGGAGAAGCAUCAAGCAUGGAACCACCAGCUGCUGCUGCUGCAUGGCCACCCUACUACGGCUUUCCGGCCAACUGGUCCUUGCAACCUGUGUGGGCUCCUGGCUUCCCCUUCGAGUCUCCAAUGUGGUUCCAACAAGCACAUGCUCCUGGUAGCUCUAGCGGAGGGCAGCUGCAGCAGGUCGAAGAAGAAGCACAUUUUCCUAUCCAAGAGGAAGAAGAAGAAGAAGAAGAAGAAGAAGCACAGUACAAGACCGAAAUGAAGAUCCACGACCCGAUCCAAGCGUUCGCGGAAGCAGCUCGCGAGUUCAAGGUCGACAUCGACAUGAGGGACAUGAAGAUCCACAGGUACCCCGCAAGCAUCCAACGUCUGGGCGUCUACUACACAACCCCGACGACGGUGGCCAUCGGGCCUUACCACCACGGGGAGGGCCGCCUCAAGCCGGCGGAGAAGGUGAAGCACGUGGCCGCCUACCACUGCAUCAUGGAGUCGGGCCGCUCCGUCCAGGAGAUGUACGCCGCGGUGGCCUCGCUCGCCGGCGAGGCCCGCGGGCUCUACGACAAGGACGCGGUGGCCGGCAUCGGCGAGGACGACUUCUUGCCCAUGAUGUUCUACGACGCGUGCUUCCUGGUGCAGUACAUGCUCACGUGCACCGCCGGCGGCGGCGGCUCCGGGAUGGACCCGUCGUUGCGCAGCUACUUCGACGGCAACGACAGCGACAUCUUCCACGACAUCAUGCUGCUCGAGAACCAGCUUCCAUGGCGGGUGGUGGAGGCCGUCAUGCGGUUCAGGCCCGUGCCCUUGGAGGAGUUCAUCACGUCGUUGAAAGACGGCCUGCAGGACCGCAAAUUAACCGAGAAGAAGCCUCCGGCAUUGGACGAGGGCUACGAGCCGCCGCACCUCCUCGGCCUCCUCCGGUUCUACAUCGUAGGGAGAAGCAACACCAGGCGCAGCCGCCUACCCCAAACCGAGUCCAUGUCCUUCUCCGUGAGCGCCAUCGAGCUCGCGGAGAUCGGCAUCACGCUGACGGCCAACAAGACGAGCGAGCUCAUAGAGAUGGGCGUCAAGAAGAACAAGCGGGCGCUCUUCGCCAAGCUCUCGCUGGCGUCGCUGUCCCUAGACCACGCGCGCGCGAGCUGGCUCGCCAACAUGGCGGCCUUGGAGGUAUGCACCACCCCCAACUUCCAGGCGGUGGACGACGAGGAGUCUGUCGUCUGCUCGUACCUCCUCCUCCUUUCCAUGAUGGCGGACCGGGAGGAGGACGUGCACGAGCUGCGGAGGAAGCGUCUCCUGCAGGGGGGAGGAGGGCUCACCAACAAGGAGGCGCUCGACUUCUUCACCAGGCUUCAGGGCCUGCCUCUCGGAUCCAGCUAUAUCCGCACCAUGGAAGAGAUCGAGAAUUACCGGGUCAAGAGGCGAAAGCGGACCAAGUUGCACGCAUUCAUCUACAAGAACUUGAGGAUCAUCAUUACCGUCUUCUCCGUCCUUGGUGUACUCGCCGGUAUCUUCGGCUCGCUUAUGUCCCUCAGGAGACGAUCUUGAUGAUAUAUUUCUCUAACUUGUUUUUAGUGAACUUUCCUGCAUCUGCAUCUGAAAUUUUGAAUGCGGUUUGCAGUCAAGUAUUUUCCAUUUGUAUUAUUUGUUUGUCUACUGGGCAUGGAAUCUGCACAAAGAGAUGUGUAUGAGAUUGUUUAAUUGCUGUCGUCACUAUGCCU